UAGAAAUUCCUACUUAACCUACAAUUUGACCUUAAUACCUAAAGGAAGUUUACAAGAAAAGAAACUGAUAAAUUCUAAAGCUGAUCCCUACAAACCCAGAGUUUUAGUACGGGACUGCUGAGAAACGGUUUCAACAUUCCUUUAGAAUUUAUCAACGUGGUGGAAUUUCCUGAACAAUGGCGGAGAACAAUGCCCCGCAGCGCAGUUGUGCCUUUUGCUCCCAACCCGACGAACAUGAUGACAUGGUGGCAUGUGACACGUGUCAGCACUGGCAUCACUACUCUUGCGCCAAAGUCGAUGCCAGUGUGAAGGAUCGGGAAUGGCAAUGCACGAACUGCACUAUGGAAGGUAAAGGUGCGAAACCUAAAGGGACGGCAAAUCCGCUGGAGAACCUUCCAGUCCCGGUGAGGAAGUCAGGCGCAAAAUCAUCGGCCGGCAGCAAAACUAGCCGGAGGUCCAAAAAAGGAAUCGGUGAGCAAAGCGUUACUUCGAGCUCCCGAAUGCGGUUAGAAUUGGAGCUGAAAGCUGUAGAAGAUCAGCAGAAGAUCCGCGAAGAAGAACUCGCCGCGGAGAAGGAGCUACUGGAUCUUCAAAGGAAGCUCGAAGAGGAACUACGGGAGAAGGAGUUGGCGAUCGAAGCAAAACGAAUCGCCGAAGCGAAGGCCGCUUUGAAGCAGAAGAUAUCCGAGGAGCGGGAAUUCAGGAUGAAACAGAUGGAAAUCAGGAGACGCUCGGAGGAAGAAAAGGCAAAGCUGAUUCGGCAGGCGUCCGAGUACGGCAGCAGCAGGGGCAGUUUAAUUGGUACCAAUGCCGAUUCGAAGGACAAGGUGGAAGAUUGGCUGGAGAAGUCGACGCAGCAGACAGCGGGACCCCUGAAAGAGUUCACGUCAGCAGUUGACCCUAGUCGUGGUCAAAACCAGGUAACCCUCGAGCAAAUUACUAACCGCCAAACAGCCAACAUUAGGGCCGAUAGGAGCUUAGACAUUCCCCCACUAACAAUGCGAAAUAAAAUUGUCUCCUCUAUGAAACUGCUCCCUGUACAGACUUUGGUUAGCCAGGUAAACGAAGACCAGCAAGCUCACUCGAAAGGUUACGACAAUCGACAUUUCGUGGAUGAGUUUGACAGACAAAAUGUGGGUGGUGUUUCUGGUGACCAAGUCAAUUCAGACGGUCGCAAUCUGAAACUGUUGGUGGGUGGAAUCGAUCGUAUCAGUGUAUGGGAAGAUCGUCAACGUGCGCGAGUUCGUGAACAAACCGAAAGUGAUAAUUUCGGACGCGGUGCGGGAAACACGAACGAAGUGCUGACGAGCGGUAUCGGUGGUACCAGACAACACGACAACCCAGCGCAUUCCGUGGAGGAACCAGAUGCGGGAUUGCGAAGAAUGUGCAACGAUGAAGUGGCAACGGGGCUAAUCAGACCGGAUAUCAGCGGUAGAAGGCAGCAACCAGUACCGAGAAGUAAUGAGUCAAACAUUCAAGCGAGCUGUAAUGACGGCCACUUCUUGGAAGGUCCAACAGGUAGGCAACUGGCAGCUAGGCAAGUCAUGGGGAAGGAUUUGCCAAUAUUUUCCGGAAAUCCUGAGGAAUGGCCCAUAUGGAUCAGCAAUUUUCGGCGGUCAUCUUCAACUUGUGGGUUUUCUGACGACGAAAACCUGAUUCGACUGCAACGUUGUUUGAAAGGUGCAGCUCUAGAAGCGGUGCGCAGCAGGCUGUUGUGUCCGGCUAGUGUUCCGCACGUAAUUCGCACGCUAGAGAUGCGAUACGGUCGUCCGGAGACAUUAAUUCGCUCGAUGACGGAGCGAGUUCGUCGAUUACCUUCUCUGAAAAUUCACGAUCUGGAAGCGGUCAUCGAAUUUGGAUUGGUUGUGGACAAUUUGGUGCAACAUCUGAAGAACGCGGGACAGCAGGCACAUUUGGCUAAUCCGGCCCUUCUGCACGAUCUGGUGGGAAAAUUGCCUGUUGAUUACAGACUCAAGUGGUCGGCGUACAAAAGUAUGCAGUUCAACGUGGAUUUGGAUACGUUUGGGCAGUUCAUGUCAACUUUAGUAGAGCUAGCCUAUGACGUGGCGGAUGCUUUCUCAAUCAACGAAAAACAUAAGCAAAAGACCAAGGAUCGGGCUUUCGUACAGACGCACACAGAAACCACCGUGUCGUCAGAGAACGUACCGGUUAACGCUGCGGGUUCCCGUAAUACGAGAAAACCUUGUGCCAUUUGUAAAGCGGAAGGACAUCGGGUGGCGGAAUGCAGCCGGUUCAAGUCGAUGGAUAUUAGCGGAAGAUUGAAGGCCGUACAGCAGAGUGGUCUUUGUCGAUCGUGUUUGAAUUUCCACGGGAAGUGGCCGUGCAAGACUGCGAAGGAAUGUGGAAUCAACGAUUGCCGGCUGAAACAUCAUUCGCUGUUACAUUCUCCAGUAGCAGUUCAUGCGGCGGUGUCUACGAGCCAUGCGAACGAGUCGGUAGCAAGCGGAGGGCCAUUGUUCCGGAUCAUACCCGUGACGCUAUACGGAAAGGGCUGUGAAGUGAACAUCUACGCCUUUGUGGACGAAGGAUCGAAAAUUACGCUGUUGGAGGAUACCGUAGCGGAUCAACUUGGAAUCACUGGACCAACGGAACCAUUGAACUUGCAGUGGACCGGGAACAUCAAGCGUAGUGAGCCCAAAUCGCGGCGGAUCAGCGCUGAGAUUUCAGGCAGAGGAUCAACGAAACAGUAUCAACUGAGCAACGCUCGGACAGUCGGCGGAUUACUGCUCCCAUCGCAAACAGUGAGCUACGACGAAAUGUGUGAUCGAUACCCCCAUCUACGCGGUCUACCUAUUCAAAGCUACGAGAAAGUAUCUCCAAAACUCUUGAUUGGUCUUGACAAUUUGAAGCUCACCGUACCGUUGAAAAUCAGAGAAGGAAGAUGGGUAGAACCGAUAGCCGCCAAGUGCCGCAUCGGGUGGAGCAUCUACGGAUGCGCAAUAACGACACCGUCAACGGUCGUAUGUGGGCUUCACUUUGGAGGAUGGACCAAUCAGGAACAGGAGCUCAACCAGCUGGUUCGUGACUACAUUACGCUAGACAACACUGGUGUAACGCAUCCCACUACUCUUCUGGAAUCGGAGGAGGACAAGAGGUCAAAAAUGCUGCUUGAAACAACCACCAGAAGAGUCGGCGGAGCCUUCGAAACUGGGCUGCUGUGGAAAGCGGACAAUACUCGGUUUCCAAGCAGUUACAACAUGGCGUUUCGACGAUUGUGCUCUUUGGAAAGGCGGCUGAAGAAGGAUACAGUGUUAUACGAACGCGUUAGAGAGCAAAUUCGAGAUUACGAGGCGAAACAAUACGCACACAAGGCCACCCACGAGGAACUGAGCACUACCAGCCCCGAUCGGUGCUGGUACCUACCACUGGGAAUAGUUGUGAACCCGAAGAAGCCGAACAAAUUGAGGAUGAUCUGGGACGCGGCUGCAACAGUCGACGGAGUGUCCCUGAACGAUGCUUUGCUGAAAGGGCCAGACUUCUUAGCAUCACUUCCGGCAGUAAUAGGAAACUUUCGCGUGUUUCGGUACGCUUUGACCGGAGACAUCAAGGAAAUGUUUCAUCGAUUCUUCAUACGACCUGAAGAUCGACAAUUCCAGAGGUUCCUGUUCAGGGAGCAGCCACAUCAAGAGCCAGUUACCUAUGUAAUGGACGUAGCCAUCUUUGGGGCUGCAUGUUCACCAAGUAGUGCCCAGUAUAUAAAAAAUCUGAACGCCAAAGAUUUCGAAGCAGUGUAUCCACGGGCAGCUGAAGCCAUCGUGCGCCGUCAUUAUGUGGACGAUUACCUCGAUAGCUUCGGAACCAUUGAGGAAGCGGUAGAGAUUGGUCGUCAAGUGAAGAGUAUACACGCUGAAGGUGGAUUCGAGCUCCGGAAUUUCUUGUCAAACGAUUCAACGAUAGCAGCUCGGGUUGGAGAUGAAUCGCAGGAGGCGGAAAAAAGUAUCAGCGUGGAAAAGGAUGAUCGGGUUGAAUCCGUCCUAGGAAUGAAGUGGAUUCCAAGUAGCGACACCUUCAUGUUCACUGUUUGCCUCCGGGAUAAUCUGCGACACGUUCUUGAAGAGUCACACGUUCCUACGAAGCGAGAAGUCUUACGCACCGUAAUGAGCUUCUUCGACCCGAUGGGACUCAUAUCGUUUUUCGUGAUCCACGGGCGCAUCUUGAUGCAGGACAUCUGGGCAACAGGAAUCGGCUGGGAUGAUCCUAUCGAUGGAAAGAGUUGGUUGCAGUGGAAGAAGUGGAUCGAGCUGAUUUCGGAAUUGAGCACUCUUCGAAUCCCACGUUGCUACUUCGAAGGCGCCACAGAAGAGAGUUAUUGCAAGUUGCAGAUCCAUGUAUUCGUCGAUGCGAGCCAAUCAGCCUAUGCAUGUGCAGUGUAUUUCCGAGUUGAAACACCAAAAGGUCCGGCAGUUAGCCUUGUAAUGGCAAAAUCCAAAGUAGCACCGUUGAAGAUGUUGACGAUUCCUCGACUCGAAUUGCAAGCUGCCGUCCUUGGAACUCGUCUGCUCAAUAGUGUGAUCAUCAUGCACGCACUGAAGGCGACGAAGCGCGUAUUAUGGACUGACUCCAAUACAGUUCUCGCCUGGAUACGAUCGGAUCAGCGGCGGUAUCACCAAUACGUUGGAUUUAGGAUCGGUGAAAUUCUAUCGAUGACGGAUGUCGACGAAUGGAGGAAGGUGCCAACGAAAGAGAAUGUAGCUGACGACGCAACAAAGUGGGGAAAUGGACCGGCUGUUCGCUCCCAAAAUCGGUGGUUUCAAGGACCGGAAUUUCUUCGACAAUCCGAGGACAAUUGGCCAGGCGGUAGUGAACUGAUCGAACCCACGCAGGAGGAACUAGUGGCGUUGAACGUUCAUGAUGAAGCAGUGAAACCAGGGGUAGUAGACGUAAAUAGAUUCAGUAAGUGGGAAAAGCUGCACCGUUCAAUGGCUUACGUGCAUCGAUUCAUUCAGAACAUCCAACGAUCUCGACAAAGCGAGGCGCGAUUGAUAGGAUUAUUGACGCAAGAGGAGUUGUGCAGCGCCGAGAAAUCGCUGUGGAUUCAGGCACAAACGGAGUGUUUUACGUUGGAAUCCGAAAUGCUGCACAAGUCAAAGGGAAAACCCGAAGCAGUUCAUGCCACAUUACCAAAAUCAAGCACGUUACGCAAAUUGUGGCCGUUCAUGGAUGAAACAGGCGUAAUACGAACAAGGAGCCGUCUUGGGUAUGCUGACUGGAUCCCUUCUAACAUCAAGUAUCCGGUAGUUCUACCUCGGCAACAUCCAAUCACGUUACUUCUGGUUGACUAUUUCCACCGUCGUUAUCGCCAUUGCAACCGUGAGACGAUCGUCAACGAGAUGCGGCAACUCUACGAGAUCCCGAAACUACGGUCAGUCGUGUUCAAGGUAUCGCAGGAUUGUCUACCAUGUAAGAUACGUCGGGCGACUCCUCGCCCGCCCCCUAUGGCGCCGCUGCCCAAAGUGCGAGUUACUCCUUAUAUAAGGCCGUUUACCUUUGUUGGAGUUGACUUCUUCGGUCCGGUGCUGGUGAAAGUUGGACGAAGCGUUGUUAAGCGGUGGGUGUCUCUAUUCACCUGUUUGACAAUACGAGCUGUGCAUCUCGAGGUUGUACACAGCCUGUCGAAGGAGUCCUGUGUAAUGGCGGUUAGAAGGUUCGUGUCACGACGAGGAGCACCGUCAGAGAUCUUCAGUGAUAAUGGCACGAACUUCGUCGGUGCGAGCAAUCAGCUGAAGCAGGAAAUGGAUGAUUUGAAUCAACAUUUGGCGUCAACGUUCACCAACACCACAACUCGGUGGUCGUUCAACCCACCAGGAGCUCCUCACAUGGGAGGAGUGUGGGAGCGUAUGGUCCGCUCAGUGAAGGUGGCUUUAGGCGGUAUUCUUGAAGCGCAGCGACGACCAGACGACGAAAUUUUGGAGACGGUUGUCAUCGAAGCGGAAGCAAUGAUAAAUUCGCGGCCGCUGACGUAUAUUCCGCUGGAAUCGGACGCACAGGAGUCUCUAACGCCGAAUCACUUCCUGUUGGGGAGUUCAACUGGAGUGAAGCAACAGACUGUACUACCAACGGACUACCAAGCAACGCUGAUGAACGGAUGGAAGUUUGUGCAGCACUUGUCGGAUGUAAUAUGGAGAAGAUGGAUCAAAGAAUAUUUGCCGGUAAUAUCUAGAAGGUCGAAAUGGUUCGAAGAAGUAAAAGAGUUGGCUGAAGGAGAUCUAGUCCUAGUUGUGGAUGGUGCAGUUCGGAACCAGUGGAUAAGAGGGAGAGUUGACAAGGUUGCUAAAGGAAAAGACGGCAGAGUGCGGCAGGCCUGGGUGAAGACUGCAAAUGGAAUUUUGAGAAGACCAGCUGUGAAGUUGGCGUUACUCGACGUCGUUUCUGGAAGCAAACCGGAUAUGGACUAUAAUGGUUUACGGGCGGGGGGAUGUGACGACGAGUACCCCUCGGCGCAUGACGAUUAG